AUGGCAGCUAAUGGAAGCACCAGCCUAGACAGAAAGCAAUUGAUAGCAUCAGCUCUAUGCAAACACUUCUCUUUAGAUCCUAAAACGUUUCCGGAAAACAUUGCUGAAGAUGAAAUCACGAGUUUCUAUACAACCAUCUUGAAGUCGGCCAAAAACGACGCCUCAGUGGAAGUGCAAGAUGGGGUGCUUCAAUGGAUAAGAUAUGCAGACGGUUUUCCUACAGAUCCCCAGGCAUGCUUUGAAGUUCUCAAAGGGUUAAAUGAUACCUUGGCUGACUUGUCUGUGCUUUUGGGAAAUGGUUUCACACCCUCUGAAGCUGAUGUUAUUGUGUUUGCUGUGGUACAUUCUUCUGUGAUUGGCCUUUCGAAUUCAGAUAGGCAAAAGUUGCCGCAUCUGUUGAGAUGGGUGGAUCACAUCCAGAACAAGGUGGAUUUCGGGGACUUACUUAAGAAGAUAGUGAUAGAGAAGGUUCCAUUUGACUUUCUAAAGUUGUAUGCAUUGCGGGGAGCAAAAGGUGCAGGUAAGGUGGAAAUAGAUUCAAAUGCAAGGAAGACUGUUCAAAGUGCAAAAAGCGCAGACAAGCCAGAGGCAGACCUGAACACAAAGAAAAGUGAUGCUGAGAUAAAGGCUACAGGAGAUAAGAUAACAGAUAAGAAACCCGAUAAGAAAGCUACUCAAGAGAAGAAAAAAUCUCCGGAAACAGAGGCAGUUGAGAAAGACAAAGAACUUAGUGUCAGUUUGUUGAAUAUACAGGUUGGCCUCAUUCGCAAAGCUUGGAAGCAUCCAUCUGCUGAUAGUUUACUGGUUGAGGAGAUUGAUGUUGGAGAUGCUAAAUUGCGACAAGUGGUCAGUGGCCUGGCAAAAUAUUGCAGUCCUGAGGAGUUGACGAAUCGUAAGGUUGUGCUGAUUACAAAUGUGAAACCUGGAAAGUUACGUGAUGUGGCGUCAGAAGGACUGGUGCUAUGUGCUUCUAAUGAAGAUCACACCCUUGUAGAGCCUUUGCUCCCUCCAGAAGGAGCCAAACCUGGGGAACGUGUGUCAUUUUCUGGGGUUGAUGGAAAGCCAGAAGAUGUCCUCAACCCAAAAAGAAACAGUUGGAGAAGAUCACACCAAUUAUUCACACCUCCUAUGGAACUUGUAGUCCACAAAUUACUGCUUAGCCAACCAUUAAAAAGUUCACUUGAAAAUUCUGAGCAUCUUUUCACUGAUGAUAAGGGUGUGGCUACGUUCAAGGGUAUUCCUUUUAUGACCUCAGCCGGGCCUUGUACAUCAUCCAUUUCCAAGGCAAGCAUCAAAUGA